AGUAGCGGGGUCCGCCCUACUUCAUUUAGAGUGGAGGAUGCUUAGCAUCUCACAGGAUUGGAUCCUGCAGCAUUAAGCACCUGGAAGACUCCAUUGAGAAUUGGAGUGCUAACAAGUUAGCAGAAAGGAGAGUUGUUCUUUCCAUUCCAUGGAUCCACUGGGUGCUCCUUCUCAGUUUGUGGAUAUUGACACACUGCUGUGCUGGACUGAUUUGUAUGUGGCAGAACAAUUGGAUUCUCACCAAGCUCCUGUUGAGAGAGCCCAAGUUGACAUUAGGUCACCUUUCCCAUACAAGAAAGACAUCAAUGCUAAAAUAGUCUUGUGGAAAGGAGAUGUGGCCUUACUGAAUUGCACAGCUAUUGUGAACACAAGUAAUGAGUCUCUGUCAGAUAAGAAUCCAGUAUCUGAAAGCAUCUUUAUGCAUGCUGGUCCUGACCUGAGGGAUGAACUUCAGAAACUCAAAGGAUGCCGGACAGGAGAAGCAAAACUGACGGAAGGAUUUAACUUAGCCGCACGUUUCAUCAUUCACACUGUGGGACCCAAGUACAAGAGUCGAUAUCGCACAGCAGCCGAGAGCUCCCUGUACAGCUGUUACCGCAAUGUCCUACAGCUUGCAAAGGAGCAGGCAAUGUCUUCAGUGGGAUUCUGUGUUAUAAAUUCAGUGAAGAGAGGCUACCCCCUAGAGGAUGCAACCCACAUAGCACUGCGCACAGUCAGAAGGUUCCUGGAGAUUUACGGGGAGACUCUGGAGAAGGUGGUGUUUGCAGUGUCUGAGCUGGAAGAGGUCACUUACAAGAAGUUGCUGCCUCUGUAUUUUCCAAGAUCAUUGGAAGAAGAGAGUCGAUCAUUGCUUUGCCUUCCUGAAGAUAUUGGCAAUGCAGAAGGGGAACCAGUUGUACCAGAGCGGCAGAUCAGGAUUAGUGAGAAGCCAGGCAUUCCAGAUGAUAACUCUGACGAGGAAGGGCUGGAAGCAGAUCUUUCUUUCAUUGGUUCCCACGCUUUUGCCCGCAUGGAGGGAGAUGUUGAUAAACAGAGGCGCCUCAUCCUCCAGGGACAGUUGUCAGAGGCAGCACUACAGAAGCAGCACCAGAGAAAUUACAAUCGCUGGCUGUGUCAAGCAAGAGCUGAAGACCUGUCUGACAUUGCUUCUCUCAAAGCCCUAUAUCAGACAGGUGUGGAUAACUGUGGUCGCACAGUAAUGGUGGUGGUUGGAAGAAAUAUUCCUGUCACAUUGAUAGACAUGGAAAAGGCUAUCAUGUACUUCAUCCAUGUGAUGGACCACAUUACAGUGAAAGAGUACGUCCUAGUGUAUUUUCACACGCUCACAAGUGAUUACAAUCAGCUAGACUCUAACUUCCUGAAAAAACUCUAUGACAUUGUUGACAUCAAGUACAAGAGAAAUUUGAAGGCAUUGUACUUUGUCCACCCAACAUUUCGCUCAAAGGUAUCAGCAUGGUUUUUCACAACCUUUACCAUCUCAGGGCUAAAGGACAAAAUCCACUAUGUAGAAAGCCUUCAACAGUUGUUCACAGACAUACCCCCAGAACAAAUCGAUUUCCCCCCUUUUGUCCUUGAAUAUGAUGCCAGGGAAAAUGGGCCUUACUAUUCUUCUUACCCCUCAUCCCCUGACCUGUGAUCUACAGUCCUACAAUACUGCUGGUUUCCCAUGGAUCCAAUGACCUGAUGCCUGCCAGUACCAUGUGUAUUUGUCCAUGUACAGAAUUCAGAGAGAGGUUUUUCUCCCCAGCUCUGGUAUUUUUUUACUGAUGAGAUAUUUUCAAGCACUUGAGCAAUCAGAGAACUUUAUGCCACUGUGAACUGUACAACUAAUUCAGAUGUAUUGCUCUGGAAAAGUUGAUUUCAGAAUCACUAGGUGGAUUUUAUUUUCUUUUUUUGAGGUUGUUAACUUUUACUCCUGAAUAGACUUUUUCUGGGAAAUCCAUCAGAGACACUUGAUCCCAUUUUUACCUGGUACUGAGAGUCUUCAACUCAGUUACAGGAUUCUGUUUUAGACUGGUCUGUAAAAAGGAUGUAGCCUGACACUGCUGUUCACCAUAUGGUCUUGUACUUCAAAUCCUAUUAUUUUUUCCCUUCUGUCAGUCCUGAUGACCCUGCAAAAGUAUCUGGAAUUGUCACUAUCACUGCUGCAGGCUGAACAGGGCAGUACUGCCAAUCAAAGGCUGUGGCAGCAACAUUUAGUACUGUAAAUGCUGUGUGAGCUACCAACCUAUUGCAGUCCCUGUCUGUUGUUCCUGGACAUUCUGACAGGUUAGGAUGCCACUACUCUCCCAAUAAGAAUAAAGUUGAAAAACAU